AACAGAUUAACGUUAACCGCGUGCUAGCCCAGUGAACGACAGGUGAGAUGUUGAAUUGCAUUCUCUCGAUGACAAAACUGGGAAACACACAAUUGCCAGUGAAAAUCCACUCAUCCAGUCCAUGUUUACCAGCCUACCCACAGCCAAAUCUCUGUAGGGCUACAACACCCUGUCACGCAUCUCGUAGUAACGCCACGCCCCCCUUAUACUGUAACAUAGUCAUAGGCUGACCACAACAUACGGGCCGGGUACAGUACAUGACUGGCUUAACUAAGGCACGCCGGACUGUAACGUCCUCAUCCUCCAGAACGUCCUCAUCCUCCUGGUCACAUAAGGUCACGCCGGACUGUAACGUCCUCAUCCUCCAGGUCACAUAAGGUCACUCCGGGUCAGCACGAGCCAUCUGUUUUUGUGAUGUGAUAUACAUAUUUACCUAAAAUAUUGUUGAAGGCUGCCUGAUAGAUAGGUGUCGGACAGUUAGACGGAACUUUUGUUUAGGUAACAGUGCUAAUAGUCAUUCUGAUUCAUCACGCGCGAUGUAGUUAAGUAACAUUGUGCAAGUAGAUGGGUAGGAUCGUGAGAGUGUUAGAUGUGUUUCGUUCAUACACGGAUUUCUUUGAUUUCUUUGUGAUGUUGAUGAGGAAAUAAUUGGCUGGAACGUCGUCAUAGAUUACUACAAUCCCUGGAUUUAUCCUUAAUUAGUUGGACGACGCGAAGACUAAACAAUCAGUGAAUUCACAUACGACAAAGGUUGGGACAUGUUUCCAGCGAUCCAUAUGAAAGCCGUUUUCUGAGUAUCAGAUCGAGUUCCGUUCCAAUCACCACAAAAGGUGUGUCCAUUUGCGGUCACCAUCAGCCACACAUGGUUCGGUGAUGUGUCUAGUACGAUGAUUUGUGUGUUGACCAUUCAUGGACGAUGCAAUCCUACGGAUGGAGAAACCACGUCAACAUGAUGUCCCUGCUGCAGGUCAUAGAGAAAAAAACAAAGGACCGCCGGAGGCACAGCCUCUAUAAACCAGUCGGGCAUGCACAGGCAACAACGAGGCGAAGGCAAGUUGUUGGUGUCUGCACCGUUGAUGACGUCAGUGCUCUGAGCGACAGAUGGGGCAACGAGCCCGAGCGGAACAUUCAGGCCGACAAUCCACAAAUUGAACGAUUUUUUGACAGUGACAAUAUUUUACUUUCCGUGUUUGAUCACGAAUCACGUCGAAGAAGGGAGCUAACUCGAUCUAGUGACCAUCCUGUCCUAUACAAUGACACAAACAUUCGUUUCCCGCGCAUAUCCUCACAUCCAGUGAACCGUUUCCAUAAAAACACCAAACUGGCCGUUUCCGUUCCCUCGGACAGUAGUUUAGACACGGAGGGUCCGGGCGGACAGACGGUAACGAUCCCCAGGACUGGGCUGGUUCGACUACAAUACUGCCAUCGCUCCCGUGAGGAAUCUGUCCGAAAUAUCAACAAUAAAUCCAAGAUAAUUUCGAUUGUAAAUGAUUUACCGAACGAAGACUCAAUUGAUAUCGUGGUCGCCGCAAAUCAGCCGUCAGAUUACACGACAACCACCACGUUUCAUUGUACACCGCCCGUUAUCGGUAUUGACCAGUCUGGUGCAAUUCACGUGCAGGACAGCAUGCAGUUACCUCAGAUAGACCAGGACCAGGGGUCGGAAGUGGUGGUCACUACAGAAACAACUCCAAAGAAGGGACAUAACUCUGUCAUAAUACAGAGACAAUUAUCGGUAGAUUUCGACGAAGAUAUCGAAUGUUUGGAGGAUGAUCCGGAUGUGGCGCUUAUUCCGGUCCGCAAAAACACGAGUGGUCGUCGGAAGCACAAACACCCACAGAACCAGGUACCUAUGCACCAGUACUCGGUGGACCAGAAUCUACACCGGAACGUGUACAUGCGUGCUCUUAGAGAUGCGCGCAACAAGUAUUUCAAGCACGUGCCACUUGAUAAGACUGUUACGAAGCCGUUUGAAUUCUCUUACUUCACAUUGCUCAAUAGAAACGAGGACGGAGAAGUAACGACCGAAAAAAGGAUGAAGAAACCAUACGGGAUGAAGAGAAUAUUCGGUGAGAUAAGGAUGGACGAAUACUACCCUGUAGUACAGACUAAGAAAUAGGUGACAGGGGUCGCACAUGAAACGUGUGUCUGUCAGAAAGGUAAGGAUGUCACGGAGAAGGUGGUUGUCAGGGAGAAGGUGGUUUUCAGGGAGAGGGUGGUUGUCAGGGAGAAGGUGGUUGUCAGGGAGAAGGUGGUUGUCAGGGAGAGGGUGGUUGUCAGGGAGAAGGUGGUUGUCAGAGAAAAGGUGUUUGUCAGAGAGAAGGUGUUUGUUAGAGAGAAGCUGUUUGUCAGAGAGAAGCUGUUUGUCAGAGAAGACGUUUGUCAGUGAUAAGCUGUUUGUUACAGAGAAAACGUUUGUCAGAGUGAAGAUGUUUCCUUGACAAUUACGUGGAAUUACAAGAUUUUCUCUCAAAAGAAUGCAAUUCCCAUUAGCAAAUUGAAAGUUAUAAAGAUGUUAAGGGUGAGCGCGGUAGGAAUCAAACUGACUGAUUUUUGUCUGAAGACGACUAAGUAUGUCAUUAUGUCAUCAAUUUUACUGUCGUUACAGCAUUUGAAAUCAGUGUUACAUUUAGUUCAAGUGUAUGAAAAAUCUGCUGGACGUCACGAUCAAUGCCAUGUUGGAAUGACAUACGUUAUAGAGAUGACGCACUUUAUACAUCAUAACGACAUAUGUCUUACCAGGACAUUUACCUCACACCUCUGAAAUGUUGUUAAACCAAUGACAUUGUUAUAUUUACCUCUAUUUGUUGUGAUCGAACUUAUUACUAUACAAUUGAUUGGAGGAGCGCGCUCGGCAAAAAAAAAAUACCCAAACGUUCAGAAACUUUAUUUUUACUUGUAAGUGCACUGUCUGUGUAUAGCACUAGACUGGCUGUCUGACUGUAAGUACACCCUACCAAUAUCAACAGUGCGAAAUUACCUCAUGUACAACCGCGGGUCACGAGUCUUUAUUAAAUUCCGUGUAAAGGGAGCAACAGAAUACCAAACUCGUAUAUACUAGGUAGAACUCGUGGGUUAAAUGUUAGAACUCCCUCCAAUACUUGGUAGAACUCGUGGGUUAAAUGUUAGAACUCACUCCAAUACUUUGUGGACACAAUAGCGGUAAAACAUCAUUUUAUCACUAACUUUAUUUUGUAUUUUAACAUAACCAUUAAUAAAAAUAAUUUCAAACGAGAAUUAAACUUCUACAUUGUUUUUACUUUUAAGUUAUGUAUUACUACUCACUGUAUAGUGUAAUGACACGAAACGCCAUCUCCUUGGUUUGUAUAGUCACACAGCAGCGCAAAUGUAAAUGUUUGGCACAGAACCAUUAAGCCUCCAUGUAGCGAAAAAAUGCCCGUGUUCCGGCCAAUCACACCACGGGUCUCGACACGUGGCUGACGUCAACCUCGUCAAUAUACAAAAAAGUGGUAUGAUGACUGAGAAAAAGUUUUAAAAUCCGAAGUGGUGUGUGUUUUUGGAGGAAACAGAGAUCAUGUCCGAGGGAGAAUACAUUUAAAGUGCAUUAUUUUUAUGGGAGGAUUUUAAAAGAAAAAUCCCCACCAUUCUAACGGUUCUAAGCAUUCUCCCGUAGAUCACCUAGAAAUGUUGUUUUUGAUGCAAGAGAGUUAGGUGGGGUCGACUUUUCAACAUCGAGAGCUUUCCGUCCUUAUCAUUGAAUAUAUAUGAUCAUUGGGCUGUCCUUUUUACCGGAAGUCGACCUUAACCCCUAAAACAUGUAAAAUUACUCUGAACACCUUAGAUUAAGUCCAAAUAUAGGUGUAACAACGUAUCAGGUCCUGUGGUCUAACACACCACGAGGACAGGCACGUCCUCAAACAACCAAAUAAAACCAGACGAAAUCGAGUCAGCGUUGGACAGCUCGUACAGUGUAAACUGAAUACAAAGUUGAUUUUGGAUUGCUUCUACAAAAUCCGAAUUGGAAUUAAGAUACAUCUCAUAAUGGCGACGGGCUAAUUAUACAUAUACUUACACCUCUUGUUUUACACCGAAGCGGUAUAUCUAUCGGGAUAUAUUUACCCUAGCUGUCACAUCAGAAUCGCGUUACACAUGGAACUACGAGUUACCUCCCGUGGAACUGUGUCAGCGGAUGUUAUUCCCUAUAUUUUGAAAACAUUUCUCGCUUCUGAUUAUGGACAUAAAAUAUAUUAGAUCUUACUUUGGUAUAUAAAUUUGCCUUAAUAAAAAAGAUAGUUUCGUACCAGUCAGGUCGAAACGGCCCAGUAAGCAAUGUACCUCUCCAGGGCUGAAAAUACUUUUUUUUUGGAAAAUGUCAUAUUUUAGGGACAUAUAGCGAACUGUAUAUCUUUUUUUCCCUUCUCUAUUUUGUACGCUCAUCUUCCUCACUGUCUUUUUCUACUCAAUUUCUUUUACGUUGAUUU